AUGGCUCGCUCCGACGAGGCCGAGGCGUUCUUCCAUGCCGUCUACUCCGCCGUCCAGGAGAUCCCCGCCGGCAAGGUGACCUCCUACGGCCACAUCGCCAGGCUCGUCGGCACGCGUGCGUCUCUCGUCUCAGCCUCCACAACCCCCGGGCCCCCGAGGCGGAUGGUGGUGCUGACGAAGCGGUCGCCAAAGCCCAGCGGCCUCGUCAGGUCGAACCCCGAAGGUGCGAGGAAUCAGGCCGAGGCCCUGCGUGCCGAGGGCGUCCAUGUCACGACCGGCGCUCUCGGCGAGCUGGCCGUCGACCUUGACCAUCACGGCUGGCAGACGGUCCUCGCCGGCUUCCUCGUCGUCCUCGCCGGCUUCCUCGUCGUCCUCGCCGGCUUCCUCGUCGUCCUCGCCGGCUUCCUCGUCGUCCUCUCCAUCACCACACGGCCCGGGGACCAACGUGCGCCGAGGCGGCGUCGAGCAAGCGCACGCUCUCCGCGAACAUGCAAUCCAGCGGCGUCGAGCAAGCGCACACUCUCCGCCAACAUGCAAUCCAACCGUGUAUUCAACGCGAACCCUAUCAUGACUCAAUUCAUCGUAAUCUCCGUCCCUCGCCUUCGUCAUGCCGAAUGUACGUGGUAUCGUUCCCUUCCUCAUAUGUGCGUGCUUCGCAACGUCCGGCCCGUUCCCGUGGGUGAGUGUGCCCCCGAGGCGAGCAAAUCGCACCGGCCGGCCAUGCUCGCUGCGUGA